AUGGCGAUGCAAAUGGUUCCUUCAAGCAAUACAAAUGCGCAGAGCCUCUGGGAUCAAGCAUACAACUCCCUCGGCGCAGACCUCAAGACAUCACUGGGCCAGGCUGCGACGCAUAAGCGCGACAUUCUAGCCGCCGCCUUGGAAGCAGCGGAGAACCGUAAAGCCACCAGUCUCCGCAAACGCUGGAAGUUCAAGCGCUCAAAUGGGGAAGUCGUUAUUAUCCGAGAUAUUCUCGAAAAAAUUGCUAAAUGGAUUGAUUCCUUCAAGGCGGUUGGCGAUGCGGCUGUGCAGUUUGAUGCCAGCAACGCUUCGCUACCCUGGGCCGCUGUCAGAUUGCUUCUUCAAGUGACUGUCAACGAUGUCCAACAGUACGGGACCAUGGUUCAGGACCUUGAGGUGGUGUCUCGGAUCAUUGCGCGAUACAAGGAGCUUGAGAAUCUGCAUCUUGGCCGAGACCAGCCCGCUGAGGCUGCGCUCGAAACAGCCCUCACGGUUCUCUAUACAGAAGUCUUGACAUAUCUGGCACAAACUAUUGCCUUCUUUUCACAAUCAACUGCAGGCAUGUUUGCAACUCCACUGAGAAAGACAUUCACUGACUCUAGCAGUCCGACUCGCCAAGAGUACGAGGUUCUCAAGCUAGCUAAGCUUCAGGAUACUUCAGACCUACGCUUUAUCCAGAAGACAGUGCUUCGCCUCAGAGAUCAAAUCAACCACAACACCAAGCGUAUCGAAGAGGACGAUUAUAUAAAGAUGAUAUCCUGGAUGUCCACGUCGCCGUUCUCAAUCCACCACGAAACCAUAUCUGAGUCAAGAACGCCAAACUUUGGUCAGUGGCUCCUAAGGCAUGAGGCUUAUAUGAGCUGGUGCGAGUCUAGCUCUGCAUCAACGUUGUGGAUCCAUGGGAUUACAGGUUCAGGCAAGACCAAUCUUUUCUCGGUGCUAGUCGAUUCAUUGCGGGCAACCCAGUCUUCGCAGCCAGAGUCAACUCCCUUUGCAUACUUUUACUGCCUCGAAAGCGAGUCAGAACCGGAUAGAUCAUCAGCAGACGGGAUCCUACGCAGCAUUCUGCGUCAACUUGCGAUUACAGAAACCCAAAGUGUUGUCCGCGAGUUUUUCUACUCCGAUUUCCAGCGCCGUUCGAGAUCAGCUCGGCUCCUGGGAUUAGACCUUCCAAAAUUGAGUAGGAAGGAAUGUGUGGAUCGCAUCGUUCAGGUCGCUAAUGAAGACCCCAUCACGAUAUUGCUGGAUGGUGUAGAACAGGUUGAAGAUGAGAGUUGCGAUGUUCUCUUGCAGUCUUUGUCUGACAUCAUGUCAAAGGCCGAGAACGUCGUCAAGGUUUUGGUCACAAGCAGGAAUAGCCUUGAUAUCCUGUCGUCGCUACCGACUACGAAAGAGAUUAUUGUGACGGCGGGCCAUGUUCACGAUGACAUGGCUCGGUUCAUUACUCAGAAGGUUGACGACGCAAAGCUCAUCAAUGGAAGGCUCUCUUCGGACAAAAGAAGCUGCUUGAUAAAGGAGCUGCUAGAGGGUGUAGGCGAGAUGUUCCUAUGGGUCCACCGACAGAUACAGCAGCUCCGAAAGGUCAAGAACGAACAUGAUCUGCUCCCGGCUCUACGAUCAAACAUUCUCUCUGAUCUCGACAAGCUUUACGAAAACGACCUUGGGCAGAUCUUGCAAUCAGGAGACACGUCGCGACAACUCGCCAUUCAUACAUUCUCCUGGCUUCUCUACAUGAAAGCGCCAUUGACUCCCGAGGCGUUGCUAACUGCUAUUACUGCCACAAGUAUAGAGAAUGUCCCCUGCACAGCGGCGGACCUAUCUGUUGUGUGCUCAAACUUGGUGGUGGUAGACCUUCAUCGCCAAGUUGUCCGACUUGCUCAUCAUUCAGUCAGAGAGUUUAUCCUCCGUACUCAACAGCAUUUGUUUUCUGCUCCCCUAGCUCACGGUCUCCUGGCAUCGACCUGCAUAAAAGUCAGCGCGCGUGGUCCGCCUGACAAUGGAAGCCUGGAACAGCAGGUUCAAGGUUUCUUCUUUUACGCUGCAACGCACUGGGCAGGCCACUUUGAGAGUUCUAUGGUAGCCAAGAAGGACGAGAAGCUAUUUCAAGACAUGAUCUCAUUUGUCUUUGAGGACGAGGACUAUGAUGCCAGCCUUUCCUUCGAAGCCUGGCUAGAUACUGCGAAGGAGAUUGCACGACUGCUGCCGAGGGAUCACCCAAUGAAGCCGGCUCUUGAUGCCGUGUCAAACGAAACAUCGUCUCCUCUCUUCUUAGCAGCUGUCUUUGGUAUAGACGGCCUGCUGGCUCUCAUUGCAGAGGCGGAGAGUGCUAUAGACUGGGACCAACGGAACGCCCUUGGGCACACUGCACUCUACCUCGCCGUUGCUACUGGCCAUCUCUCCACUGUGGCAGCUCUGAUCGAGAAGGGUGCAGAGCUGAACGUCGAAUGUGGUACAUACGGGAGCCCUUUGCAUGUUGCGUGUUUCAGAGGAUAUCAAGAUAUAGUGGAGAAGCUGCUUCAACAUGGCGCAUCUUCAAAGUGUGGUUCGAAGUUUCAGAGUGCCAUCCACGCGGCAUCUCAAGGAGGGCAUGAAGUUAUUGUGCUCUCUCUCAUUGGGCACGAUGCUAUUGUUGACUCUGAGGAAGACUACGAGCAAGCCAUACAGAUGGCAACAGAGUAUGGCUUCAUCAAGGUCAUCGAUCAGCUACAAAAGCCAGAGUUCAAGCGCUUUGUAGACAAGGAUACACCAGACAAACACAAAAUGAGAUUAGUCAAGGCCAUCAAAGCUGGUCAGCUAUUUGUACUUCAGCGUCAGACUACCAAAGCAUCGACGGGAGCGACAGACAUCUUCCCUAAAGACGCAGUAGCAAUUGCAUCUCUCUAUGGUCAAACAGAUAUUGUCAAGUAUCUUCUGGAACAAGGUCUUGAUAUCGAAGCCGAGGGUCAGUUCGGCACGCCACUUCGUUCGGCUUGCUUGAUGAAUCAUAAAUCCACGGUCGGAGAACUACUUCAGCGCGGUGCAAAAGUCAACACAGAAGAGCGGAAAGGGAACCCCCUUUAUGUCGCCGCUGUGAAAGGCCACGUUGAUAUUGUCAGGAUACUACUGGAAGAAGGCGCAGACGUCCACAAGAAAAUGGGGGCUUGUGGCACUGCCUUGCAAGCGGCAGCGUAUUACGGCCACAGAAAGGUUGUCGAGAUGCUUCUUAACGCCGGCGCAGAUGUCCAUGCUGAAGGUUCAUCUCCUGACGCCUUCCAUGCCGCUGCUGAAGGUGGUCAUCAGAGCAUCAUUAUGCUCUUUCUAGGACGAGGCUAUAGAUUCCUGUAUGAGCCGCCGAGUCCCAAGUACAAGAGAGCUCGGCCCUCGCCAUACAGGCCACUUUAUCGGGAGGCUUCUCCUGGAAGAGAUAAACAUCCUCGCUCUAAACUGUGGCCAGAACUUUACAAGCAGACAAACGAAACGACCGAAUCUAUCGCCAAUGCAGAUGCCCGUGACAACAUUACACGAGUCGAGCAGGAUGAUGAAAUGGAUAUGUUCGCUAUUGAUCAAGGAAAGCAUCUCCGUAACGAUGAAGUUAUGCAGGACGAGUCUCAGAAAAACCGCCCUCUGGAAGCUAGUGCCGCUAGGGGAAAGGACUCAGUUGUCAAGAUACUACUGGAGCAAAAGGAAACAUUGGGAUUCCGGGAAUAUGAGGUUGUUACUGCUCUCAAGGCAGCUGCGUCCAAUGGACACCUCAACACCGUUCGGAUGCUGCUCGACCAUGCCUUGAAGAUGAAAGGUAACUUUAUUGACCGUAUCUAUGCAACUUUGGAGAGCUUACCAGAAGGGCGUCACGAUAUGUUGCAGCUUAUUCUCGCCAAAGCCUCUGAGACUGGCUGUACAGAGGAACAGAUUAAUCAGCUGAGGCUGAAACUUCCACCAGGAGAAGAAAAGUACAAGGUCGCGGUCAUUGAGCAACAAAAUCUAAAGGCAGAUCUUCUGGCAUGCUGUACCUCCGGAAAUGUGGCUGUUUUGGAGGCCAUCAUGAGUUGCAAACACCAACCGCUACUGCAAGCCAACGACCUCCUGGAAGGCCUACAGAAAGCUGCAGAGAGGGGCCAUGUCUCGAUAAUUAAGAGCUUGUUCAAGCUUAGUCCUGAUGUGCAAGGUACCGCCAUUCCUGACGACAUACUGGUAUGCGCUGCCGGAAAAGAUCUUGAGAUGUUGAAGUUUCUCGUAUCUCAAAAGAUCGAUGUAUCUCAUUCCGAACUCCCCCUGAGCCGAUUGGUCUAUGCGGCUUGUAGCAAGGGAAAGUCUGAAAUCAUUGAGUAUCUCGUAUCCGACUUAGGUGUCGAUAUCAAUGCCAGUAUUCCUGAAGACGAGAAGCCCAGGCGCCGUAGACGUAUCAGGCAGUCUAUCCACGCCAGCCUUAUGGAUGCUCCUCUGACUACCACUGAUCAAGCAGAUGGUUCGAGAUCGACUGACGACCAUCGUCUCUUUAGUCCUUUGCAAGUCUGUCUGAGCGCUUUUGAUAUCGCUGAGCGGUCUUACCAUGCGAGCUGGUAUAUAGAUGACACAAUGCCUCAGCAGCAGAAAGCGAUACAUACACUACUGAGACUAGGAGCCGAUCCGAAUAGUCUAAGUGGCAAGAAUGUUCAUCCUCUUCUGUAUGCAGCAAGAUUCUGCCCAGCUUUUGUGGUAAAGGAGCUGCUUGAAGCUGGAGCAAAUGUCAAACUUGCGGGUCAAGGAGGUCUAGCUCUUUUGGGGGCAGUUCAGAGAGAAAUGGAAACCAUGGAGGUUAUGACCAUGCUAUUGGACAGUGGUCACCAUCUUCCCGACUAUUUUCAUGGAGGCAAGGCGCUUCUAGACAAAGCUCUCAUCAUUAUUGAUGACCCUGACGGUCGCUUUUUACAUGCCCCGUCUCUGGAUUACGUCUUUGAAAAAGGGCCAGGGGCGGUACUCGAGUUCCUUUUACAGAAGUAUGACACAGGCAAGCUGGAAGAUACAAGAUAUGAGCUGGUUCUUCAGAUGGCUUGCGUGCUGGGCAAAAUUCCUCUUGUUGAGUUGCUGUUAUCUCGGGGAGUCGGUGUUGACGCUACGGGAUACUACUAUGGAAGUUCUCUGCAGGCUGCGGCACGUACUGGCCAGGUACAGAUCAUCAGAAGUCUGUUGAACAAGGGAGCCAACCCGAAUGUGAUACAGGGCCGUUGGCACACAUCCCUGCGCGCAGCGAUUGUAGGUGGUCACAUCGAAAUUGUGCAGCUUCUGCUUCAAUAUGGCGCAGAUCCUAAGUUGAAGUACCAAGCUGGACGACAGUCAGAGAACGAAAGAGAUUCAGCAGCAUCGAGCACUCUUCAGCUUGCUCUGCAAGAGGGACACACAGAAAUCGCAAGACUACUCCUCGAGACAGACCCGUCACUGAUCGAAGAAGAAGGUCGCCUCCAACAUCCUCUUAUCAUAAGCUGUCAAAAGGGAGACCACGUCAUGACAGAGCUGCUACUAGAAGCCAAUGCUUCGGUCGAUGUUCGAGGCCACAAGGAAGCUAAAAUGGCAAGUAUGGAGGCUCAAGAUGCGAGUCCUUUGCAUGCCGCGAUUUCUGGAGGCCACGUCAACGUCGUCAAAACGCUUUUGUCCAGAGGGGCUGAUACCAACCUGGAAGUUGACGACUGUGACUGCCGAACACCAUUGUUGGCAGCGAUUAAACGAAGGGAUUUGUGUAUUGUGAGACUGCUUCUUGACUCUGGGGCAAAAGUCAACAGUUUGAGUCUUCAGGAAGCCUGCAGAAGUGGAGAUCUUCUUGUUGUGGAGGCACUUAUUGAACAACUGCUCAAAGACGGGGAGGAUCAAUUUGAGACCAUCGACGAAACAUUGGACUCUCUGACGAUGGAAGAGUUCACUGACUACAGAGUUCUCAACCUUUUACUUGACUAUGUGCCUCCAACUCCCAAAAGAUUUCUCUUUGUGUGUUCAUCAGGCUCUGUCUCCCUGGUACGAAGAAUUGUUCAACAGGGCAUGAGUGUCGAUGGCAGUGAUGAAGAAGAAGAUACCCCCUUGCAAGCAGCUUGUUACCACUUGAACUUUGAAUUGGUACGGUUACUCCUACAACGCGGCGCGAACGUCCGACCAAGAUCAUCUCAGCCUGGAGACCCCAUUACACUGGCGCUAUGGGCUUGCGCUUUACCCCUGCAGCAGCAGUUGGAGCAACGAGGGACAAGACAUCAGAAAUACCACGCAGAAGGUGUGGACUACCGAAUGACACAGAAAUGUACCAAAAUUGUUCGGAUCUUACUUGAACGCGGCGCCACUGCUGAUGGUGGAACGGAUGAAUUGGAGAGUCCACUUCAACUGGCUUCUUUCAUCGGCAACUUCGAGAUCUCCAAGCUUUUGAUCAAACACGGAGCCAGUGUAGAUAAAAUCACGGGAAGCUUCAAGACUCCCCUUUUUUCGGCUUUACAGGGGAGCAACAGUGACAUCAUACGACUGAUCCUGGAAAAGGGGGUCGACGUCAACUACGUUCAUCCAAUUCAUGGCUCAGCAUUGCACUUGGCCUGCCAGUACAAUGAUGAGUCACUUGUUCUCCAGUUGCUUCAACAUGGCGCCUCGCCCGCUUUGAAAGACGCAAACGGAGUCACGGCUCUUACGUUGGCCCUCGAGUCUGCAGCUUCUCGUGGCGGUUAUGGCGCAUUCCAGAAUAUACCCCGACUCAUUUGUCGACACUCAACAACGCUCGAUAUCACAGAUAGCGACAUCAUAGCUGCAGCUCAGCUAGAGCCCAGUGACUUGCUGUCUUUUCUCCUUGUCCGGAGAGGAGAAGAGCCCGUAACAGAAGAUCUCGUCAUUCGUUUCCUCAGCGAAGAGAGAUGUCCAAUCCUGGAAAGCCUGGAGGUUCUGUUCGAUCAUAGUAAUCGAUUGGAAAUAACUCCAAAGAUGCUGAAUGUUGGGCUCUCUGAACAGGCUUUCAAAAGUCUAACACAGGCUUGCAAGCUCUCAAUUGACAUCACUCCCGAUAUACUCGAAUCUCAAACAGAUAUCGGGACCCUAAAAGCACUCCUGGGGUAUCAGCCCGGCGUCGAAGUAACGGAGGCUCUCGUGAUUACAAUACUGUCAAUUGCACACGCGUUGCGUUAUAGUAGAUGGUGGCAACGGGAAGAGUGUACCAAGCUUCUCUUGUCAAUCUGGCCUCGAGACUUACCACUACCAGUGACUAACGCCAUGCUGAAAGCAGCAGGGUUAGUGCCCCAUCUGGAGUUCUUACUCGAGCGCCUUGGUUCAGCCCAGGGAAAGCUACAAGAUGUCGCGAUAUGGAUUUGCGAACAGGGCACUGAUUAUUCCGGCAGGCAAGAGACCUUGUUGGCACUGGUCUUGCAAGCUGACCCAGAAGUUGACCUCUCCCCAAGUCACCUUGAGAAAAUAAUGCUCGGUGCCAAGCCUUGGAUGUUAGAUAUAGUCUUGAAACAUACGCCCUCUCUUCCUAUCACAGAGAAUUUAUUUUUCAGUAUCUUCAGAGAGUAUCCACAAGCUCUAGAGGUGACACGGAAGGAGUUUGCGGAAGUACUUGCGAGGCAUAAGAAGAAGUUUGUUUUCACAGGGAAGAUUCGCGAGACUAUUGAUAGGGCAUAUCAAAAGCAUUCCGAUAUUGACAAGAGAGAGACAUGGUACAGUUUCAGGGAAAGGGAUGAAACUCAGGAGGAAGUUGAGGCCAGGCAAGCACAGGGAGAAUAA